AAGUUGGGCUGGUUCGGUGUAAUAAGUAGUUCUGACUCAGCUGGGUCGACACAGCUCGCUGUCUGAGAAUCGGAACCACAGUCUCGUUGUUCUGCUCAGACAUCAUGGCACCUGCCCUGCGGGUCACAGCGCUGCUGGCUGCAGCUCUGCUGCUGACAACUGCGACAUCAGCCGACAUCAGUGAGACUAUUUAUACAGUGACGGUGAGCUCCAGACUGACGGGAGGGAACAAGGAGGUCUUGUGUGCUCAGAUCAGCAAUCCCACAGAGACACUCGUCCUGAGCAUUACUCUAAACGUGGACUCUACUCUAAAUGACAACUCUACUCUAAAUGACAAAUCUACUGUAAUUGACAACUCUACUGUACAUGACAACUCUACUGUAAAUGUGAACACUACUCCAAAUGUGAACACUACUCCAAAUGUGAACUCUACUCCAAAUGUGAACACUACUCCAAAUGUGAACACUACUCCAAAUGUGAACUCUACUCCAAAUGUGAACUCUGCCAAUACCAACAAACGCAAUGUCAUCCUGGAGAGCAGCAUUGACAAGGACUUCUACACCUGCACAAACUUCCAGGUGCCCAUGGUCCAAACCAGCACUGUGGCAACCAUCCAGGUGAUGCUUAAAGGCAAAGACACCUCCAUGAGGAAUAGCACUAAAGUGCUCAUCGUGCCGUCAGAUUUCGUCCACAUCAUCCAGACUGAUAAACCCAUCUACAAACCUGGACAGACCG